GGAGUGUUCGUGUCACAACUGCGUCGCCGCCACCCCUUACUGAGCCACCAUAGAACUUUCUGAAAAGCCGAGAGGGAGGACAAAUUCCGCCCGCUCGCCCCACUUUUCUGGAGUCACUGCCAGAGUUAGCUUUAUUCAGAAUUAAGUGCGGGCGGGCGCACGGCGAAGUAGAAGUUUCUUGCUCACUGGCAAGGACACCCGGGUGGGCAAACGCCGCUACAGAAGGAUGGCGGCCGCGGUGGGACCCUCCGCACCGGCGAACUCGCGAGCAGUGAGCGAGCUCUGCCAGAAUCCCACAGAAACGUUUUUAGAGGCCUCCCGCUUGCUGCUUACCUAUGCGGAUAAUAUCAUCAGACACCCAAAUGAAGAAAAAUAUCGGUGCAUUCGUCUGGGAAAUCAAGCAUUUUCCACUAGAUUGUUACCUGUCAGAGGAGCUGUUGAAUGUCUCUUUGAAAUGGGGUUUGAAGAGGGAGAAACUCAUCUUGUUUUUCCUAAGGGAGCAUCAAUCGAGCAGCUACGUAAAAUUCGAGAUCUAAUUGCAGGGGAAAGAAACAGCCGUUUAAAUGGAUCAAAUCAAACGGAAACAUCAGGAUCCUCUCAGAGGGUAACAAAUACGCAGCCUGUUGCUCCUCUACCAUCGAGAACUGUUGACUCCAACGUAGAACCAACUCCUCAGUCUGCUGUCAUGACAACUGAAUCGAUUUUUUUGAAGACACUUCAAUCAAAUUUCCUGCAUGUAAUGUUUUAUGAAAACCCUGUUUUACAAAAGAAAGCAUUGGCUUGUAUUCCAAUUCAAGAACUAAGAAAGAAAGCUCAAGAAAAGCUAACAGAAGUCAGAAAAAUAGACAGAGUCUCCCUUGUGAAUGAAGAAGAUAUCCUGUUGCUGGAGCUCUUGAACUGGUUUAAAUGUGAUUAUUUCCAGUGGGUAAAUAACCUUCCAUGCAGCAAAUGUGGGGGCCCAACAGAAUCUAAAGAGAAUUUGCCACCUAACGAUGAUGAUCUGAGAUGGGAUGCAAGCAGGGUUGAAAAUCACUUUUGCAACCAAUGCCAGUUUAGUAACAGAUUUCCAAGGUACAACAAUCCUGAGAAACUCCUGGAAACUAGACGUGGGCGCUGUGGAGAAUGGGCCAACUGCUUCACCCUCUGCUGCAGAGCUGUAGGAUUUGAAGCAAGAUAUGUUUGGGAUGCAACAGAUCAUGUGUGGACCGAAGUUUAUUCUUCAUCCCAACAGAGAUGGCUUCACUGCGACCCUUGUGAAAAUGUUUGUGAUAAACCUCUUCUGUAUGAAAUUGGAUGGGGCAAAAAACUCUCCUACAUUAUUGCUUUCUCUAAAGAUGAGGUUGUUGAUGUCACAUGGCGCUACUCUUGCAAACAUGAAGAACUGCUUUCUAGAAGGACCCAGGUCAAAGAAGCAGUGCUACGAGAAGCUAUCAAUAAUCUUAACAAAGCGAGACAGCAAUCUUUGACUGAAGGAAGAAAAAGAGAGCUCUUAGAGAGAAUCAUUGUGGAGCUUGUUGAGUUCAUUUCUCCUAAAACUCCUAAGCCCGGGGAACUUGGUGGAAGGAUAUCUGGAUCAAUGGCUUGGCGAGUUGCCAGAGGUGAAAUUGAUUUAGAGAAUAAAGAAGUUAUUUUUAUUCCCACUGGAAAAGAGAAAGCCUCUAAGCUUCUCCACCUCAGAUACAAUAUAGUGGAAGAUUGUUACACACGACUAUCCAAUAGUAAUGAAAAGAUUAAUGGCUGGGAGAAAGGUGUGUGGAAGAUGGACUCUAUGUGGAGAAAGGUUGAAUCGGACUGGAAAAUGGUUUAUUUAGCCCGAAAAGAAGGAUCAUUGUCUGGUUACAUAUCCUGGAAGUUUGAGUGUGGCUCAGUUGGUCUAAAAAUAGAAAACAUUUCAGUCAGAACAAGCAGUCAGACAUUUCAGAAUGGAAGGAUAAAGUGGAUGCUGCACUCUGGAGACACUGUAGUUGAUGUAAAUGCAGAUAAAAGCCUUCACACUUAUCCUGGUAUUUCCAACGUAACAGAUGUUAUCUUGGAAGCUGAACUAAGUGGAGGUGAUGGUGAUAUUGCAUGGCAACAGACACAGCUAUUUAGGCAAAGUUUAAAAGAGGUCGAGGAUUGCUUUGAGAUCAUUAUACAAUUCGGUGAGCUUUGAAUAUCUCUCAACAGAUAUUCAAAGAAGACAUCUGUAUCAACCAAGGCUUUCUGGCACAAAAUAAUUAAAAGAGUGUAUGAACUGGUUGUUAGAAGUUCUUGCCCCAACCUUUGUGUUUUUCAUAUUACUACUGAGAAGAUACAGAAUUUGUUAAUGUGAAAAAUAAAGAAAUCCUGGAAUCUUGUAAAUGUUUCCUCGAAAAUGUGCACCAAAGGGGAAAAAAGAUGCAAUGUUUUGCAUUCAAAAUGCAAGACAAAUGUCAGCUGCAAUCCCAUGAACACAUACUUGAGAGUAAACUCCAUUGAACAAAGUAGAAUUUACUUCUGAGUAACCAUGUCUAGACUUGGGCUGCAUGUCAUUUAAAGUUAGAAUUCAUAUUUUCUAAUGUUUCAUCUUUGACGAAGAGGGUUUUUUUAAAAAAAAUUGAAUGAAGAGUUUAACUUCUUUUAACUUUGGAUUUUGGGAUUUGAUUGUUUUAAAAAAUACAACCUCAUGUGAUGUUUGAGCU